UAAAGUCUCUCGCUCUUCAAUCCAUUGGCUUUCUCAAGAAAAGUCCCAAAAAUAAAUUUUGUCAAUUAAUUUUAUAUAUUACAUACAUUUUAGUAUAUCGAUAUACGUAACAUACAUAUAUAUAUAUAUAUUUUAUUUUCCGGAUCUGAGACUCGUCGGAACCCAUCGGCGCUUAAACCCGAAUUUUCUCUCUAAACAACCCUAACACAUACACAUCUCCACCGAGUCAUUUUUCCUUCUCUCUGUAGAAGUUCAGAUCUUUCUGAUUUCUUUAUCUGUUGUUGAGAAGCGAAAGUUGGAAUUUUUUUCAUUUCUUGAAAAUCGAAGAGAUUUUAGCUGCUCUAAGUAUGAGAUAGGCAUCUUGGUGCAGUUAUGGCCUCCAAAGGUCCACGGUCAAAGCUUGAUCAUGAAACACGGGCUAGGCGGCAAAAGGCACUAGAAGCUCCCAAAGAACCUCAACGUCCUAAAGCACACUGGGAUCAUGUUCUGGAAGAGAUGGUUUGGUUAUCAAAGGACUUUGAAUCAGAGAGAAAAUGGAAACUUGCUCAAGCAAAGAAAGUUGCAAUAAGGGCCAGCAAGGGCAUGCUGGAUCAGGCCACAAGGGGAGAGAAGCGAGUGAAGGAAGAGGAACAGCGGUUGAGAAAGGUGGCGGUCAAUAUUUCUAAAGACGUAAAAAAGUUUUGGACAAAAAUAGAGAAGCUGGUCCUGUACAAGCAUCAGCUAGAGCUUGAUGAAAAGAAGAAAAAAGCACUUGAUAAGCAGCUGGAGUUUCUUCUAGGGCAAACUGAAAGGUACUCAACGAUGCUGGCAGAGAACCUUGUAAACUCACCAACUCCUCGCAAAUCAGUUGACUCGUAUUCUGCUCAAAAGCAGUUGAGUAUUCAAUGGAAAGGAGGAGGUGACGAUAUUAAUAAUCAGACAGCUAAUUCAGUGACUGGAUCUCAAUCAAAGUCUCCUGAUGUUGAUGAAGACUAUGAUGUGCAUUCUGAUGAUGAAUCAGAAGAUGAUGAGCAUACUAUUGAAGAAGACGAGGCUCUUAUAAGUAAAGAAGAGAGAGAAGAAGAACUUGCCGUUUUGCAAACUGAAAUUGAUCUACCUCUUGAGGAGCUACUUAAACGCUAUGCUGCAGAGGAAGUUAUCGAGGAAAGUAGCCCACAGUAUAUUGUACCUCGAGCGAUUGAGGUAAAGGAAGAUAAUUCCGACUUACCUGGAUCAAAUGAGGCUAGACAAGAGAAUGGUGUGUUACCUGAAGCUACCGAGGCAAGAGAAGUCGAACACUCGCCUGAAGCAACCGAAGCAAGAGAUGGUAAUCGAAAAAAGGAAGAUAUUGUAUCUGUAUGUAAGCGUGACAGAGGCAGCCCACCUGCAAUACCUGGUCGUCGUUGUGUUGAAAGUAAUGGCAGUUUAGCUGUUUCCAAUAUUCAUUUUUCGGAAGUCAAGAUAGGCAAAAUCAGAAAUCAACCAAAGAAAUUUCAUAAUUCAAAGAAAAAGAACUUGUCAGAUGACUUGAAUGAUGAACAAGAUGAUGAUGAUUAUGUUCUUUCCACUGGAGAAGAAAGGGAUUUUGAUAUGGAUGAUGAAACAACCCUGUUAGAGGAGGAGGAAAUAGCAAAGGCAGAAUCAAAUGACACCGUGGAUGAGAUUGCACUGCUGCAAAGGGAAAGUGAAAUUCCUAUACAUGAGCUGCUUGCGAGGUAUAAAAAGGAAAGUUGCACCGAUGAAGAUGUGGAUGUUGAUUCUGAAUCUUCAUGUGCUUCUGCUUCUGAGGAAUCCUUUGCUUCACCAGCACUGAUGAACUCUGAAUGUAAGCAGCCUGGUGAUCAAUCGAAUGAAUUUCAGCCCAACACGUGCUGCCAUGCAGAAGAUGGAAUUGAGUAUAUUGGGAAAUCUAGAGAUGAUAAACAGAGUGAAAAUAUAAUUGCUGAUGCAGCUGCUGUUGCCAGGUCAGCGCAACCAACUGGAAACACAUUCUCAACAACAAAAGUGCGGACUAAGUUCCCUUUUCUUCUCAAGUAUCCUCUCCGUGAAUAUCAACAUAUUGGCUUGGAUUGGCUGGUGACAAUGUAUGAGAAGAGACUUAAUGGGAUUCUUGCUGAUGAAAUGGGUUUAGGAAAAACCAUCAUGACAAUUGCUUUGCUUGCUCAUUUAGCUUGUGAGAAAGGAAUAUGGGGCCCCCAUCUGAUUGUUGUCCCAACCAGUGUCAUGCUCAACUGGGAAACCGAGUUUCUUAAAUGGUGUCCUGCUUUUAAAAUAUUGACCUAUUUUGGAAGUGCAAAAGAGCGAAAGAUAAAGAGGCAAGGGUGGUUAAAACCCAAUUCUUUUCAUGUUUGCAUAACGACUUACAGGCUUGUGAUUCAGGAUUCAAAAGUUUUCAAGAGGAAGAAGUGGAAGUACNAAGUCGCAGAGAGCAGAAUGUUCUAUGAAUUUCAAUGGCUUAUUUCAACGCAUUACUUUGAUGUUCAGGAUGAUGAAACAACCCUGUUAGAGGAGGAGGAAAUAGCAAAGGCAGAAUCAAAUGACACCGUGGAUGAGAUUGCACUGCUGCAAAGGGAAAGUGAAAUUCCUAUACAUGAGCUGCUUGCGAGGUAUAAAAAGUUAUUGUAUGAAUGCUCUUCUCAGGAAAGUUGCACCGAUGAAGAUGUGGAUGUUGAUUCUGAAUCUUCACGUGCUUCUGCUUCUGAGGAAUCCUUUGCUUCACCAGCACUGAUGAACUCUGAAUGUAAGCAGCCUGGUGAUCAAUCGAAUGAAUUUCAGCCCAACACGUGCUGCCAUGCAGAAGAUGGAAUUGAGUAUAUUGGGAAAUCUAGAGAUGAUAAACAGAGUGAAAAUAUAAUUGCUGAUGCAGCUGCUGUUGCCAGGUCAGCGCAACCAACUGGAAACACAUUCUCAACAACAAAAGUGCGGACUAAGUUCCCUUUUCUUCUCAAGUAUCCUCUCCGUGAAUAUCAACAUAUUGGCUUGGAUUGGCUGGUGACAAUGUAUGAGAAGAGACUUAAUGGGAUUCUUGCUGAUGAAAUGGGUUUAGGAAAAACCAUCAUGACAAUUGCUUUGCUUGCUCAUUUAGCUUGUGAGAAAGGAAUAUGGGGCCCCCAUCUGAUUGUUGUCCCAACCAGUGUCAUGCUCAACUGGGAAACCGAGUUUCUUAAAUGGUGUCCUGCUUUUAAAAUAUUGACCUAUUUUGGAAGUGCAAAAGAGCGAAAGAUAAAGAGGCAAGGGUGGUUAAAACCCAAUUCUUUUCAUGUUUGCAUAACGACUUACAGGCUUGUGAUUCAGGAUUCAAAAGUUUUCAAGAGGAAGAAGUGGAAGUACCUGAUUCUGGAUGAAGCUCAUCUAAUAAAAAAUUGGAAGUCACAAAGAUGGCAAACACUCCUUAAUUUUAACUCGAAAAGGCGUAUUCUUUUAACUGGUACACCUCUACAGAAUGAUCUCAUGGAACUUUGGUCUCUUAUGCAUUUCUUGAUGCCGCAUAUUUUCCAGUCUCACCAAGAAUUUAAGGAUUGGUUCAGUAAUCCUAUAUCUGGAAUGGUUGAGGGACAAGAAAAGGUAAACAAAGAAGUAGUUGACAGGCUACAUAAUGUCCUCCGCCCUUUUUUACUCCGUCGAUUGAAAAGAGACGUUGAGAAGCAGCUUCCUAUGAAACACGAACAUGUCAUCUAUUGUAGACUCUCAAAGAGGCAGCGUAACCUUUACGAAGACUUCAUUGCUAGCUCAGAGACACAAGCUACACUAGCAAGUUCCAAUUUUUUUGGAAUGAUAAGUGUUAUCAUGCAGCUUCGUAAAGUCUGCAAUCAUCCUGAUUUAUUUGAAGGCCGUCCAAUCGUUAGUUCUUUUGAUAUGAGUGGCAUUGACAUGCAACUGAGUUCUGCUGUUUGCUCAAUGCUCACGCACGGUCCAUUUUCAACUGUUGACCUUAUUGGUAUGGGAUUUGUCUUCACACAUCUGGAUUUCUGCAUGACAUCUUGGGAGAGUGAAGAAAUUCAAGCUAUUGCUACACCAUCAAGUUUAAUUGAGCAUCGUGCUAGUCUAAUUAAUUUGGGAGUACAAUCUUCUGGUUUCAAGCAUAAGAAAAAACCACACACGACCAACAUUUUUGAAGAGAUCCAAAAGGCACUUUUUGACGAAAGAUUGAGAGAAGCCAAGGAAUGGGCAGGAUCUGUUACAUGGUGGAAUUCUUUGAGGUGCAAGAAAAAACCCAUGUAUUCAACCAGUUUAAGAGAGCUUGUCACGGUGAAGCAUCCUGUCAAUAGGAUUCAGCAUCUGAAAUGUAAUCCUCUGUCUAACAAAUACUCUUCUAAGCUUGCCGACAUUGUGCUGUCACCAGUUGAAAGAUUUGAAAAAAUGGUUGAUCAAGUUGAAAGUUUUAUGUUUGCAAUUCCUGCUGCACGUGCCCCGUCCCCUGUUUGCUGGUGCAGCAAUGGUGGAGAGAAUGUGUUUAUUCACCAAACAUACAAGGACCGAUGCACUGAAGUUUUGUCUCCACUUCUAUUCCCUGUUCGCCCUGCUAUUGUGAGAAGGCAAGUCUAUUUUCCUGAUAGGAGACUUAUCCAGUUCGACUGUGGUAAGUUGCAGGAGCUUUCAGUUCUGCUUAGGCGUUUGAAAUCUGAAGGUCACCGGGCACUUAUAUUCACCCAGAUGACAAAGAUGCUCGAUAUUUUGGAGGCUUUCAUAAAUUUGUAUGGUUACACUUACAUGCGUCUAGAUGGUUCCACUCAGCCAGAAGAAAGGCAAACAUUAAUGCAGCGGUUUAAUACAAACCAAAAAAUAUUUCUUUUCAUUUUGUCAACACGUAGUGGAGGUGUUGGCAUUAACCUAGUUGGUGCAGAUACUGUCAUUUUCUAUGAUAGUGACUGGAAUCCAGCCAUGGAUCAACAGGCACAAGAUCGGUGCCAUAGGAUAGGGCAAACACGUGAAGUUCACAUCUAUCGGUUGAUCAGCGAGAGUACCAUUGAAGAAAAUAUCUUGAAGAAAGCGAAUCAAAAGCGUGCUCUUGAUGAUUUGGUCAUACAGAGCGGAAGUUAUAACACUGAAUUUUUCAAAAAACUGGAUCCCAUGGACUUGUUUUCAGGCCACCAAACAAUUUCCACUAAGAAUAUGCAAAAAGAGAAAAUUUCCCAAGAUGUUGGUGACAUUACUCUAUCUAGUGUGGAUUUGGAGGCUGCUUUGAAAAAUGCCGAAGAUGAGGCUGACUACAUGGCAUUGAAGAAAGUUGAACAAGAAGAGGCUGUGGACAAUCAAGAAUUUACUGAGGAAGCCAUUGCGAAGUUGGAAGAUGAUGAGCUGGUUAAUGAAGACGAUAUGAAGCCUGAUGAGCCUGCUGACCAUGGUUUAUUAAAUAAUACAUCGGAUGAAGGUGCUGCAGCGUUAAAUGGAAGUGAUGCUAUUGAGGAAAGAGCACUCACUUUUGCUGGUAGAGAAGAUGAUAUUGAUAUGUUGGCAGAUGUCAAACAGAUGGCUGCAGCUGCAGCUGCUGCAGGACAAGAAAUCACAUCCCUCGAGAAUCAACUGCGUCCCAUUGAUCGAUAUGCCAUGCGUUUUCUCGAGUUGUGGGACCCCAUUAUAGACAAGACUGCAGUAGAAUCCAACAUUCAUUUUCAGGAAGCAGAAUGGGAGCUGGAUCGCAUUGAGAAGUUAAAAGAGGAUAUGGAAGCAGAGAUAGAUGAUGAUGAAGAACCUUUUGUGUACGAAAGAUGGGAUGCUGAUUUUGCAACUGAGGUAUACAGGCAACAAAUUGAGGCGCUGGCUCAACAUCAGUUGAAGGAAGAGCUAGAAUGUGAAGCCCAAGAGAAUGAUGCUUUGGAAUGUGGAAAUUCUGAUUCUUUAAGGAAUGAUGUGUCUAUGGUUCAGAAAUCCAAGUCCAAGAAGAAAACUAAAAAGGCUAAGUUCAAAUCUUUAAAGAAAGGAGCUCUAGCUUCUAAUACAGAAGUUGUGAAAGAAAAGUCAUUGAUAGAACCAAUGUCCAUAGAUGAUGAAAUCAUAGAUGAUGAGAUGAUCCCCUCCUCAGAUACUGAUUUCCCAUACCCAGCUGGGGAGAAGAAACGUAAACCAGCAUCAGAUGAUGAUGAACGGAAGAGUACAAGAAAGUCCAAAAAAUUGAAGAAGGCUUCUGAUGUAUCCCCUAUUAUCCAUUCCAAAUAUCCUGGCAAGCAGCAGAAUGGUCCUAAAGACUUGCAGCUAUUUGAAAAUGGAGUUGAUGUUGAAUCCAAGCCAACAAGCAAGAGCAGGAUGGGUGGGAAACUUACAAUUUCUUUCAUGCCUCAGAAAAGGGUUUUCACAAUAAAACCAGAGAAGUUAAAAAAGAAAGGGAACACUUGGUCUAAAGAUUGUUUCCCUUCACCUGAUUUUUGGUCGUCGCAUGAAGAUGCUACAUUAUGUGCUGUGGUUCAUGAGUAUGGCCCAAAUUGGAGUAUAGCCAGUGAAAUCUUGUAUGGAAUGACUGCUGGUGGGUCUUACAGGGGAAGAUUUCGUCAUCCAGUCCAUUGUUGCGAGAGGUUUAGGGAACUCAUUCAAAAAUAUGUUUUGUCUGGCACUGACGUUCCAUAUAAUGACAAAGCGGGCAAUACUGGAUCUGGGAAGGCUCUUCUGAAAGUAACUGAGGACAACAUUGGGAUGUUGCUUGGCCUUGCUUCUGAAAUUCCUGAUCACGAAUCACUUGUUCAAAAGCAUUUUUUUGCCUUGCUUUCUUCUGCCUGGAGGGUUUCAUCCAGCCAUAGAAGCAAACUCAGUACCUUACUUUCCCAAAAUGGAUUCUAUUCUUCUGGCCAGUUGUUAGCUUCUACAGUUGAGCACAUAUCACAGAAAUCGUUGAGGAAACCACUGGAAAAGAUGAAAUUGACUAAUCUGCAACAGUGUGGCAAGUUAGUAGAAGCUGCUCUUAAAAGUGAUUACAUCACACAAAAUGCUGAUGGAGCCUUCGUUGUUCCCCCAAGGGAGGAGCCAUUGGUGGCAAAAGAGCAGUUGGAUAUUACCCUUGAACUUCAAGGAGAAAGGGACGAGGCAAUGCCCCUGCCCUCUGUCAUAAGACUUUCUAUAAAUGGCACUGACCUUUCCCCAUCUUUUAAGGGGUAUGCAGGCGAAGAUCAUCAUUUCAAAUCUUCCCAGCAUAUGGUUGAAAACAGAUUCAGGGCUGUGGCAGGAACUUGUGUUGGAAGUUCUGUAGGGUGGGGAUCAGUGGCUUUUCCCACAGGUGAUGCCAGAUCUGCUGCUCAAACGAAAUUACAGUAUUUGGGGAAACACAAGCACCCUGUUUCUGAUUCAACCAAGCCUUCUAAAACGAAACUGAGAAAAACUGCUGUAGAUGCUACUGAUGUGCACCAGAUAACUGUUGGUCCGGUAUUGCAACCAAUGGCAAAGCCAUCUGCUGACUUUGAUGUGUGGCAUGGUGGUAUGUCCUCCUGCAUGCCAGUAGUCGAAUCACCUUAUUUUGACAAUACUUGUGUGUUUGACUUGGAUGAAGUGGCUCCAACCCUGGACAGUUUAGGGAUGGUUCCAUUCGACUUUGGACCUAAUCUAAUAUCUGGAAUAGAUGAUUGGUCGACCGUGCCUGAAUUUGCAGAUAUUGGGUAGCAGACUAGCAGUGGAUAUAAAAACACGAACCGACUUAGGGUUCAGGUUGGGAGUAGCCUUAAAUUACGGACGGCACCAUCUCAUUGCAGGAGGAUUCCCGGUCGAUGAAAGCAUUUCUUACAGAAGCACAGGGGGUCUUAAUGUGCUAUCGGGGAACGGUUGCACAGGAGAUUUAACUGGGUACUGAUCAAUGGCCUAUACUUGGGAUUUCGAAGGUGGAUCCAAGCUGAUGUCUGAGGGAGAUACACAGCAUCUAUCGCACAUAUGACAUGUUUGUUAUGCUGAUUGGACAGUACCAGAUAAGAUUAAGAAAAAACUAGUUAAAAGGUGCAAUACUGUCCAAUACUAUGUACAAACAUGUCAAUAGAGUUCUAGAGUAGGUUUUCAUUUAAGUGGUCUCUGUGUUACAUAAUUUUUUUGUAGGACGAAACAGCCCCCCCUCCUUUUCUCCCUUCCCGGUCGGGUGGGUGGUGGAGAUGUUUUAGUAAAUUCGAUGAUUUAUGCAGGCACAAGAAAUAGCAAUUAUUCAAAGGGUUAACCAUUUAUUAGGUGUUCUUUUUACUUAUCAAGAAUCGCCAUUCUCAUAAUGAGAUGAUCUAUACAAAUCGAGUAGAGUGGAUGUA